ACUGAAAAUGAAUCUGAUAUAUAAUGGGGAAGGACUUGGGAGAAGAUGAAAGCCAAACAACCAUGGCAUUCUAUCUUCUCCCCACUCUUCUGAUAUUGAUGGCCAAAGCUAGUGCCCAGCCAAGCUUCAUCUCUCACUUAUGCAUAUAUGACACCGGUAGCUUCACAGCCAACAGUACCUUCAAGACCAACCUUGACCGUGUCCUCUCCUCCAUCGCCACCGACAAAGAACUCGACUAUGGCUUUUACAGAUUCUCUUAUGGACAAAGCUCAGACGCAGCCAAUGCAGUUGGUCUUUGUGGAGCAGACAUAAAGCUUGAUGCUUGUCAAAACUGCCUCAACGACUCUGUUCAUCUGCUCACAAAGCUCUGUCCUCACCAGAAAGAAGCAAUCAGUUGGUGUGAAAAUUGCUCCUUACACUACUCAAGUCGAUCCUUGUCUGAUCAAAUGGACACUAGUCCAGUGAUCAGGUUUUGGUCGUCGAGAAACAUAUCGAACACAAAUGAGUUCAUUUCAAGGCUAAGAAUCUUGUUAAGUAGUUUGAAAAGUAAAGCUUCUAUAGGUGGUUCUCUACACACUGUUACUGAUGACAGGCCAAUGCCGCCACCAACUUGGCAGCCGAUGGCGAUAUCCACUCCCUCCUCGACCGAUACGACAUCUCGGGCUGUAGGGAAGAAGAAUGUGAAGACCAGAGUUCAUAUUGUGAUCAUAAUGGUUCUAUCGGUAGUUUCUUGCUGGGUUUUGAUGAUCUGCAUCUACAUCUUUCUGAGAUCCAGGAAGACAGAGGAGAGAAUUGAGAGUAAUUAACCUCUUUUUGUUGUCAUAUUUAAUUCGUUAUAUAUUGUUUUAUCGAGUUGAC